CACACACACGAUAUUUAGCAUGAAGUCAUCCUCCAGCAUCUCCCCUCAUACACUUCCACGGUGUGUGAGGAUCUACACUAACACUACUACACUUACACCGCCUGUGUGUGUGGGUGUGUGAGGAUCUUCUUCUUCUUUUCUUCUUCUUCUUCUUCUUCCAUGACAACACGAAGACAAACUCUCCGCUUUUAUGACUUUUUUCUACUCACAGAGGAACUUUGUUUCAUGUCAAACGUGAAGCCAGGAGAUCACAGCGGAGCACAGCAAAGAUCCUUCACAUCUCCACGGAUGAUUUCACCCUGAGCGGGACUCGUAAGCCUGGUUAUGGAUUUUAACCUCCUGACGGAUAGCGACGCCCGCAGCCCGGUGCUGUCGCUGUCCGACUCCGGCACCCCCCAUCACGACCAGGGCAGCAAAGGCCAAGAGAGCAGCGACACGGAGAAAUCCCAGCAGAACCACUUGGAUGAAUCGGGGGCCGACGACGGCUCGCUGAAGAAGAAGCAGCGGCGGCAGAGGACUCACUUCACCAGCCAGCAGCUCCAGGAGCUGGAGGCCACCUUCCAGAGGAACCGCUACCCUGACAUGAGCACCAGGGAGGAGAUUGCCGUGUGGACCAAUCUCACAGAAGCACGGGUCAGGGUGUGGUUCAAGAACCGGCGCGCCAAGUGGAGAAAGCGCGAGAGGAACCAGCAGGCGGAAUUGUGUAAAAACGGCCUCGGUGCCCAGUUUAACGGACUGAUGCAACCCUACGACGACAUGUACGCAGGCUACUCGUACAACAACUGGGCCACCAAGAGCCUAGCGAGCAGCCCGCUUUCCGCCAAGAGCUUCCCGUUCUUCAAUUCCAUGAACGUCAGCCCCUUGUCGUCGCAGCCCAUGUUCUCCGCCCCCAGCUCCAUCCCCUCCAUGAACAUGGCCCCCGGCAUGGUGCCCUCGGCGGUGCCCGGCGUUGCCAACAACCUGGGCGGCCUCAACAACCUCAACGGCCCGACGGCGCUCAACUCGGCGGCGGUGACGGCGGCGGCGGCGGCCAACUGCCCGUACGCCGCCGCCGCCGCCGCCGCCAGCCCCUACGUGUACAGAGACACCUGCAACUCCAGCCUGGCCAGCCUGAGACUGAAGGCCAAGCAGCACAGCAACUUCGCUUAUCCCGCCGUGCAGAACCCCGUGUCCAACCUCAGCCCCUGCCAGUACGCCGUAGACCGCCCGGUAUGAGGACUCCGGUCCCCGCGUGGAGGCCGAGCGGAGCGACCCGCCGUUUGCAAGGAUUUCUACACAAUGUCCCUUUUUUCUUAACUGCAUGAUUAGACGAAAUAAAUGUAGAACGCAAGGCCAAAGGAGACUGGACUAACCUGUGAUUGACAGGUGGGCGGGAUCUCCGCUGUAUAUACAUAAGACUUUUUUUUUUCUAUGUGACAAAAUACUACAUAAGAACAUUUGAGUCAUGUCCACACUGAGGCGGAUUGUUGAAUGUCUGUCCACCUAAAAGACCCGGCCCUCAUUUUCCUUUAGCCCAGGGGUGGGCAAACUACGGCGCGGGGGCCACAUCCGGCCCGCCAAGUGUUUGAAUAUGGCCUGCAUGCUCUUUCCAAAAUAUUUCAUUCAUUCAUUCAUUCAUUUUCUACCGCUUUUCCUCACGAGGGUCGCGGGGGGUGCUGGAGCCUAUCCCAGCUGUCUUCGGGCGUAAGGCGGGGUACACCCUGGACUGGUGGCCAGCCAAUCACAGGGCACAUAUAGACAAACAACCAUUCACACUCACAUUCAUACCUAUGGACAAUUUGGAGUGGCUAAUUAACCUAGCAUUUUUUCGGAAUGUGGGAGGAAACCGGAGUACCCGGAGAAAACCCACGCAUGCACGGGGAGAACAUGCAAACUCCACACAGAGAUGGCCGAGGGUGGGAUUGAACCCUGGUCUCCUAGCUGUGAGGUCUGCGUGCUAACCCCUAGACCACCGUGCCGCCCCCAAACUAUUUCAUUGAAAUUAAUUCAUUUAAUUCAUUCAUUAAUUCAUCAAUUUUGUUAUUUGACGUGGUCUGUUGUUUACUAAAUGCUCCUAAAAAAUGAGACACAAGCACAUAAUAAUAAUAAUAAUAAUAAUAACAAUAAUAAAUGUAAUUUAUAACGCACUUUACAUCAAAUAAAUGAUCUCAAAGUACACAGAACAGAAUGCAUGACACUUUUACGUGUAAAAAUAUAUGUGUAAAAUACUAUGUAGUCUGCCCCCCCGCCCAAUGCGGCCCGCGAGUCAAAAGGUUUGCCCACCCCCGCUUGAUACUAUAUUAAAAUAAAUAAAAAAUAUAAUAAAAAUAUAAUAAAAUAUAAAAAAUAUAUAAAAUAUAAAAAAUAUAAUUAAAAAAAUAUAUUAUAUUAUUUAUUAUAAUAAAAAAUGUUUAAGGCAUUCGGAAGACGCAUUGAAAGAGGUUGUGAUACGUAGUACUGUACGCCAGACACUAGGUGUACACAGUCGUGUUGGCCGAGACACACAAGCACCAGACUCGAUGGACGAAACAACAGGCACAAUCAUCCGGAAUAAAAAAAAAAAAACACCGGCUACUCUUGACCCUUGCCGAGCUAAAACUCAAGUCUGAACCCCUGAUGUCACUUCCUGUCCACUCCCUAUUUACAGUAACGCGCGUGAGCAUGAGCCUCAUUUAUGUCUAUUACUUCUACUGAUAGGAGUGUAUACUGUAGGUGACUAUAGGGGUGCUAUUUCAUGUUUGGAGGGCUCUAAAAUGAUAAAAUAAAAUAAAAUAAAAUAAAAUAAAAUAAAAUAAAAUAAAAUAAAAUAAAAUAAAAUAAAAUAAAAUAAAAUAAAAUAAAAUAAAAUAAAAUAAAAUAAAAUAAAAAUAUUAAUAAUAAUAAUAAAUGAAUCAGGCAGGACAAAGCCCAAAAAAAUAAAAAAUAAAAAAUAAAAAAUAAAAAAUAAAAAAUAAAAAAUAAAAAAUAAAAAAUAAAAAAUAAAAAAUAAUUAAUAAAUAAUAAAUAGAGGUUGAAAAAUAAAAAUGAAAUGAAAAUACUCCAUUUACAAAUGAUAAAUGUUUGCAUAUAUUAACGGCUCCAAAUGAACAGAAAAUCCAACUCAAGCUAAAAGAUACCGGCAGAUACCCCCCAAAAAUACCGACAGGACACGUGACCAUGUUAUGAGCCAUGAAGGGUUGCGUUCAAAGACACCACGUAAUAAAAGAUAAGCGUGUAUUUUCCACAGUACCUAAGAGUUACCGCACAUUUCUUUUAAUUUACACCACCCAUACUGGCAUAAUAAAGAAUAAUACACUUUGGCGUGUCCCUGAAUGCACCUCGCGGGGGUAGUUUCUGAUUUUUCUGACGAGAGAGGUGAUCCUGGUGAUCCUGGAGAGGCGAUCGCUCAAGAUGGCAUUCAUGAAACGAACGUGAGUUGCCGCCGUUAUUGAGCUAUUUUUGACAAGCUAACGAUGACACACGCUGAGGCAGCACUUUUGGGAAAUCGUGUAAUUUGGGAAAAAUUGUGUCAAAGUAGAAGAAUGGUCUUGGCGUCGGUGUGGACAUGGCCUAAGAAUGUUCUUGGAAAGCCAAAGUGCCCUGGCUUUCUGUACAAAGACAUCCUUUGGGAAAUUAAUACUUUGUUGUGAAUUCCUUUCCCCCCCGGGAAGGUCAAAGGUUAAAGGCCAAUUUAGACAAGCAAGAAGAGGGCAGGAGCGGCUUAGCGAAAUAUCCGACAAUUGACUGAAAGUGGCGUGUAUAGAUUUGUUUUGCUGUUAUCCAAAAGGGAGUCUGUGACUGUAAAAUAUAUCAAAUGUACGAGUGCUCUUCUUACCCCCAUCUUGCCUGCUUUGUCUCAUUAAAGAAACUAU